AUGGGCCACUGGGUCAAGCUCGCGGUGCCGUCGUCGCAUCGCAUGCCGUGCUCGCACAUAGUUAAAGCGGCGAUUAAGAGAGGGGAGGCCGGGGUGGAGCGAGGCCGGGUGCUGCAUCGGCUGCAGCUCAAGGAGCAUCCGGGAAGGGACGGCUGCGCGGUAAAAUACGACGCUGACGUGGACCCCUGGGAUAUGCAUCCUGUGCCACGUGGCAAAUUCUCCUACUCCUCCUGCUGCGUGGAGUGGAUCAUCUACUCUUCUGACUGCGGACUCAGCAUGGUUCGAAUGGCGGAUUUCGCGCACAUGGCGGCCAUUCCGUUCGCCGUGGUGGGGGUGGGUGUGCCCUGGAGAGGCCAGGGCGGCCGCAUGCGGACUAUCCGCGACUACCUCCGCUCGCUGCCGCCCGACCGCAUUGUCAUUUCCACCGACGCCGACGACGCCUUCCUCAUGCCAGGCCCCCACUGCCGCCCGGAGAAUCUCGUAGAGGCGUUCCUCUCCCUCAAUGCGCCCGUGGCAUUCGGAGGGGAGAUCUUCUGCUACCCGGACUGGCGGAAAAUCGAGGUUUUUUACCCUCGGAAAAUCAACGAGACGAAGAACUGGUUUCUGAACUCCGGAGCCUACGUGGGAUACGCGUGGGCCCUGGCUAAGAUCAUAGACGCGACAUACGUGGGAGACUGCAUGCAAGACCAGCGUGCAUACACCCUCGGGCUUAUCGGCCAGCAGUACCUCUUCAGGCACCUCCCCCGCGUGCCCUACCCUGAACCCAGCGACUUCGAAUCCGCCCUCAACAGCAUGGGUAAUGUCACUGCGGCUGUGGCCGCCCAGGAAAAAUUUGCCGACUCACCGUUCCGCAAGCCGUGGCGCAACCCGCGCCCCGUGCGGUACAACACGACCAUGUCGCCGUUCCACCGGCUGCCGCCCGCGUCAGAAGAGAAGGUGAUCAGCGAGGCGAUGGAGGCGGGGCAGAAGGAUGCUCCGUCUGUCAUGGCUGCUCCGUUCAUGAAGCUGGAUCAUUACAACACGCUCUUCACGCACCUGGGGGGGUAUCCUUGGGAGGAGUUUGAAGUGGUGGGGAAGGGUGGAGAGGCGAUGGUGCGCGCGAAGAGCACAGGCGGCAUGGCAUCGCGCAAGGGCGCUCCCCGCGCGCCCGAGAACCUUUUGGGGCAGCCGUUUCGGGCAGUGGAGGAGGAUUAUGAGAUAGGCAAGGAGCUGGGGCGGGGCCUGUAUGGCAUCACGUACAUGGCAAGGCACCGCCAGACUCAGCAGCACUUUGCCUGCAAGACCAUCACCAAGGUGAGGCCGCCUCCUGCCCACACCUUUCCACCCCAACCCACCGUUUCCAACCAGACCCAACUCCCCUUCAACACCACCUCUUCCCCACGUUGUGUGCCUACGUGGCACGAUGCACCACCACUCUCCACCCCAUUCCACCACUCUCCACCCCAUUCCACCACUCUCCACCUGCAUUCCUCCCACCAGCGCCACCUGUCCGCCACGCCAUGUGCCAAUCCAACAUGGCACGAGAGGCCGCCAUUCUCGCCCGCCUGUCCACCACAUUCCACCGUUCCCCACCUGCCCACCUCCCACCAGCGCCACCUGUCCCCCACGUCAUGUGCCAACGUGGCACGGGAGGCGGCCAUUCUCGCCCACCUCUCCACCGGCCAUGCGGGCAUUGCAACGCUCAUUGACCAAUACGAGGACGCCACGUGUGUGCACUUCAUUCUGCAGCUCUGCACAGGUGUGCAGGAGGGGUGGCAUGUUGGAUGGGUGGGGUGGUGUGAUGGGAUGGUGUGUUCGAUUGUGUUCAGCACCACAGGUGGAGUGGAAAAGGGGGGAAUGUGGCUCGGGAAGGAGGGAAGGAGGAGAGGAGGUAGAGUGGAAGCUAUAUUCGUCCUCCCUGCAUCUCUUCCUGCCAGCCAUGCGGUUCGGCAUAUGACAGGGGAAAGGCAAGUGUGGGAGCACCUGACAGGUGGCAAGGAAUCCAUCUCCGCUGCCUCUCCUGCCUUUCCUGCCUCCCUCCCCUUUUUCACAGGUGGCAUGUUGUACGAUGGCAUCAAGGCGGAGGGCAGCUACAGUGAGCAGCGCGCGGCCGGCAUGGUGCGGCAGAUAGUGCAGGCGGUGCAGUACAUGCAUGAGCGGGGAGUGGUGCAUCGGGAUCUCAAGCUAAAGAACUUUCUGCUGCUGCACUCAGGGGAGGACGCCCCUCUGAUGGCCAUCGACUUUGGCCUGUCCACUUUCUUUCAACCAGGGCAGCGCUUCAAGGAGGUGGUGGGCAGUGCGUACUAUGUGGCGCCAGAGGUGUUGAGAAGAGACUAUGGCAGCGAGUGUGACGUGUGGAGCGUUGGAGUCAUCACAUACAUGCUGCUGUGCGGCACCCCGCCCUUCUGGGAUGUGUCAGAGGAGGGGAUAUGUGAGGCGGUGCUGAAGGGAGAGUACGAGAUGAGCAGUGCCCCCUGGCCGGCCGUCUCCCAGCAGGCCAGGCACCUGGUGGGGCGCAUGCUGGAGAGCGAUGCUGCCAAGAGAAUUACCACCCAGGAGAUCCUUGGUAGCCCGGCUCGGCCGGCCAUCUCCCAGCAGGCGAGGCACCUGGUGGGGCGCAUGGUGGAGAGGGAUGCAGCCCGGCGAAUCACCACCCAGGAGAUCCUUGGUGGUGGCGGGGUGCUGUUGGACGAGGAGGAGAUGGCAGUGAUUCGAACACGCUUUGACCAUCUCGACCUCGACAGGGACGGCUGCAUCUCCGUGUCGGACCUCGUUGCCGGCUUCCAGUCGCUGCACAUCCCACUCUCAGAGGACGAGGCCCGAGAGAUCAUCCAGGCGGCGGACAGCAAGGGGUCGGGCACAUUGGACCUGUCAGAGUACGCAUCUGCCAUCAUGGUGAAGCGCAUGGAUGCUGCGUGCAUAGACAAGGCAUUCAAGCACUUUGACAAGGAGGGGCGUGGCUAUAUCACAAUGGCUGAUUUGAAGGCCACGCUUGCAGCAGGCGAGAGUGAUGAGACAGUGGAGUGCCUCAUCAAGGAGAUUGGCAACAAGCAUAGUGGGCACAUUGACCGGGAGGAGUUCAGUCGGAUGAUGCGGCCACCAUUCGUGCUCGUCUCUCCACGGGCCAUGCGGGCAUUGCGACGCUCAUUCGACCAAUACGAGGACGCCAUGUGUGUGCACUUCAUUCUGCAGCUCUGCACAGGUGCGCAGGAGGGGAGUGUGGUAGAAGGGUUGGUGUGCAGGAGGGGUGGUGUGGCAGGAGGGGUGGUGUGCAGGAGGGGAUGGUAUGUUGGGGUGGGUGGUGGUGUGGCGGGGUGGGGUGGGGUUGGGGGGGUGGUGGGUUGGUUUGAGGGUGCUUGCCAUCUCCACCACCCCAUGAGGAGAGGCGAAGGAGGAGCGGACAAGGGAAGGAGGAGCGGAGGAGGGAAAAAAGAGCGAAAGAGGAAAGAGGGCGGAGGAAAAGGUGGACUUACAGCAAUACUCACCCUUCCCGCCUCUCCCUGUCCGCCCCUCCUGCCAGACGGUAAGUUAUGCAGUGGAAUGGGCGGUAAAGGACAGCUCGCAUUUCAAUUUCAAAGAACCCAGUUCCUUUCCUGCCUCCUCCUCUCCCUCCCUUCCCCCCCCCACCCAGGCGGCAUGCUAUACGAUGGGAUCAAGGCGGAGGGCAGCUUUUUGCAUAUGAUUGAAAAAGGCAUCUUCUCUGUCACUCCUCUCCUGCCUCUCCUCACCCCUUCUCAAAAACCCAGGCGGCAUGCUAUACGAUGGGAUCAAGGCAGAGGGCAGCUCUUAGAGCCUGGCAUGAGUGCUGGUUUCUUAGUGUGGCGUGUGGAGCGUUCGAGUGAUCACCUACAUGCUGCUGUGUGUGUGGAACCCCACCCUUCUGGGAUGGUGGGUUGGGAUGAGGCGGUUGUGUGUGGUGGAAUGCGUUGCACAUGCACGGCCCCUCCUUUUGCCAUCCCCACCUCCCUGGUUCCUUCUCCCCUCCUCCUCCACACGCACCUUCACUUUCAUUCACCCCCACCAGUGCCAGAGGAGGGGAUAUGUGAGGUGGUGCUGAAGGGGGAGAGUACCAGAUGA